AUGGAAGAAAUUUUCGGCCCAAACUGGCGUUGUCCCUCUCCAACAAUCCUCCACAUUGGCAACCCAGACAACCCCACCCCCCUAGCCUCAUCCUCCAUUUGCCCUAUUUGGAAAAAGAGCAACGAACUCUUUGGCAAAGUCUUUACCUACAAUCGUCGUUACUCAGGCAAUUCUGACAAGUAUUCAUCUUCGUGCCACAAUCUAGUGCCGGUCGAUAUCGCAGAAGCAGGACUUCUAUACGCUGGCAUAAAGCAGGGUUGGAACAGCUUAGCCUCGUUGGAAUGGAAGAAAAGUCCAGCGCUUACUAUUCUGAAACAGGUCGACGAGUUGCUGUUUGUUCAUUUACCCAAUGUAGAGAGGCUGGCUGUGGCGUAUAAGAGCUUCAAACUGCUCAAGUAUUAUCUGAACGCAAGAAAAGAAGAAUUAGACAGAGUACCCGACUGGCUCCGUCCAAGGUAA